GUACGGGGAACAAAAACACAUGCGUCCGAGGCUGCCUAUGCUGCUUGGGAAAUGCGGUUGCUAGGGGGCGCUCACUCGCUCGCCUCUGGACGCGCGAAUGUAUUUGAGGUUUGACGAACGCCGUUGUAUGUAUGUAUCAGUCGUAACAUAACCUUUCUGUCGCUGGUGCUACUACCGCUACCGUAGUUACUUGUUGGUUCCACGGCCUACGUCGAGGACUCGGUCUGCCGGCCUGUCACCAACGACGAGGACGACUGCAGUUUGGUUAUGCUUGACUUCUGAGCAUAACAGACCUUUCGAGACACAUGGCUUCAUCUGCUGCAACCAAUGGGUCACCGAAGAUGCAGAACGGAGCUGCCACAGCACGGACUUUACGCCGGUUGCAGGCAGAAAUUAUCCUUGAAACUGACACACCCCGGACUCGAGAUGUAAAAAGUCUACGAUCAAAGCGAGUUGCCUACUAUGACAGGAUGCUGAAAUCUACGACAGAUCCACAAAAUUUCCAGGCUCCACAGGCAGAUAAAUGCAAGAAACCAACACCAAAAGAAAUUGAUAAGUGUUCAGGAAGUAAUACUGAAUCCUUUUUUGAACCAAAUUUAGACAAAACGAUCUUGGAAGGAGGUGAUGAAUUGAGGCAUGAAGUUAUUCAAGUAGAUAACCCAUACGAUAGUGACCGUCUGUCAGAUUCUCAGUGCAAAAGUGCAGUUAUACACUUAGACAUUGAUUCGAACAUGCUUAACAAUGAAACAUCGAAAUGUGGGUUAUUAAGUGAAAUGAAUAGUAUUGCUCGAGAAGACACCAUUACAGAAGAAUCUUAUCAAAUUGCGCAAGCUUCUGGUUAUAAUUCAGGAGAUCAUCCCCACAUAUCUGUUAAGCGCGGAGCUGAAGCUAACCAGAACCUGCUCAUUCAUGAUUCAGAUUUACAUCACAUAUUAGAAGACAAGAGUGUCUCUGAGACACAAAAAUUGAGGCAUGUGCUUGACUAUGCAAGUAAGAUAUUAAAACAUCGGCAGCUGAGAAGGGUGAAUUCAAAUCACGAUUUGAAUGUGGGAAAAUUGGAGGUGCCUUUAUGUAUUAAUACAGGGUCUGGUUCAAGAAUCACAGAGAAUGGAGAUGAUUGUUCACCAUUGUCAAAAAAUUACACCCACAUUGGUGUCAAAGAAGGUGAUGGUAUGCUCAAAUGUAACAGCAAGUCAGAUAUUUUGCUCACCACACAAGUAGAUGAUGGAAAUUAUGGCUGUGGUAAAUUAAAUUCUCAGAAAUAUUCAUCUCAUUCCGGUUGCAAUACCAGCUUUGAUGAAAGUGAUACAUUUCGGGCCGAUAUUCCUCCUUCUAAGUCAUUGGAAAAAAAACAAAUGAAACCCCCAUUUUUAGCUUCACCAAGAAAGUUUAAUAAAGAGGUAGGUGACACCAAAACGUUUCAAGAUUUGAAUUUUGAAGGAAAUGCUUUAGUCAGCAAAUCAUCUCUAUGUGUGGAAAAUGUAGAGGAUGAGCACACUUCGAAGGAAAAUAGUAAAUGCAUUUUACAGAAAAGUUAUCAGAAACUAACCGAUUCUAGUGAUGAUGAGGACAAUGCUGUUGUGGUGAUGCAAAAUAUUGCAUGUGAGCGUUUUACAGAUAAUGGACAUAGUGAUCUAAUGGUCCCACAUCCUGAAGAUGAACAUUUUGACAGAAUCCCUGUUAAGUAUUGCUUUCGAUAUUCUGAUAUUAUGGCAAAUGAGAUUGAAAGUGACAUUAGUUCUGUCAAUGAGAACCCAUAUACCGAUAAACUUUAUAUUCGGGAUGACAUCACUUCAGAGAUAAAUGAAAAUGGUGAGAAAAUAUAUAAAUGUACGAGUGGCAUCACAGAAAGCCAUCUCUCAUCCUUUAAUAAUAUGGUACCCAGUUAUAAAGAUGCCACUGCAGAUUGGUGUCAAAAUCAAAGUCUUCAACAUUUUUUUAUGCGUGGUGAGGACACUGGCCCAAAUUUACCAUUAGCGUCAAAGAUUGUUUUGCAGUCUUUUGACCAAGAUGUAGGCAGCUCAUUGGAUACAUCUAGGAAAUCUAAAAGAAGCAUCAACACGAAAAGUCUAAAGUCAGAACGGCACAAACAUAGCAUUGAAAAACAUUUAGACAGGUUGAGAAUCCAAGAAAAUGAACAGAGCAACAGAGAAGGUUAUCAGAUAUGUCAAUGUGAUAGUAGCCUAACAGAGGCUCGCCAACACCAGACAGAAAAUGGAAAGCAACAUGGCAACAAUCAUUCAUCACCAGUGAUUCAUGCGCCUAUUCUGACCUCUGAGAAGACAACAAAAGGUCAAACAAAAAGAGAUGACAUGCACAAUGCAUCAUCAGAGUUGGCUAGUGAACAGGUAGCAAUAUAUUCACCAGAUCUCGGCAAUUUAUUUUUACAUGAUGUGGUUGAUAAACAUGUCGAUUCAGAAAGGAAUACUGAUAAAGAUGACAAAAUGCAUCGUAAAUGUUUUAACAACAGCCAGGAUAGGGAUCAUUGGGAUGUGGAAUCUGGAGGUGUUGUGAACAAUGUUUCGAGGAGGCCUGCAGAAUUCAGCCACAGUAAAUUGGAAGCAGUUGCCGAGUCCAGCGAAGUUGGGAAGGCUCAGGUAAUGAAAUUUGCAGAAUCCUUUUCAACUCUUUCAUAUCUACCACAGGCAGAGUUUAGAUCAAUAAAUGUGGAAAUAAACUCUGACACUUCUUCGGAUGAAGGCUCUUAUGUGAAGCAGGCAGUGGUUGAUCAGCUAAAUGAAGAUUCCAACAGACCUGGAUCAGACGAGGGAGAGGAAAGAUGUGAGAAUAGUGCAGAGUGGAGUAAAAAAAUGCAAUCACUAGCAUGCCCUACACCAUCCUCCAAUCCUAGAAUAAAGGCUUCAAAAAUUAAACAAAAAAAUGGAAAGCUUACAUCAAGUGAUGGCAGCAACCUCAGAAAAAGUAAAAUACAAGGAAAGAGCAAGACCACCGAAUUUAUCAGACGCAGUGGCUACAGGAGGCACUGGGACAGGUCUAGCAUUGAUUGGUCAACCUACCAAAGUGGAGAACUAAAACCAAAAUCAGCAGUUAAAAACAGACCAGCAACAGCAAACAUUCUACUGCAUCAAGUAACAACUACUUCACAAAAAUCAACGCCAUUGACAGGCACUAAGGGUCCCACUGCCACUUCCUCCUGUGAGUCGCAAGUCGGGAAUCAGAGAGCUGUGCGGGACUCGUUGAAACCGUUGCCUCAGAGGCCGGCCAGCUCCAAUGCCACUCUUGGAAGCAAGGGUGCAGGUGCAGUGAAGAGAGUCAGUAGCCGACCUGCGGGUGACUGCGUCUCCGAUGAGCAUCAACUGUCAACUAUCCCUUCCUUUAUGAAGGCGAAAAAUGCAUGGACAAUUACCGAGUGGAUGGCAAACAAUUCUGACUCCCAGGCUUAUACAGGCGCAUCCACAAUGGGUGCAAGUUGCAUCCCCAGGUGGAUUUACCUACCUGAGGAACUGUGGCUUCGAGUCUUUUCCUUCCUGUCACAUGGUGACCUCACACAAGCUGCCUGCACCUGUCAUCUUUUCAACCGCCUGACUUCUGACCAGUCCCUCUGGAGGUCCGUGCGGAUUGAGGGCAGCGUGCGGCUGAGCGACACGUGGUUGGCCAGCGUGGGGCGCCGACGCCCAGAGGGCCUGUCCCUCACGAGGUGUCGCGACACACGGGGGACUGUCACCGCGGCUGGCCUGCGAGCCCUCUUCAAGCAGUGUGGGGACCGCAUCACGGCGCUGGAUGUCAGUAACUCUGCUGGCGUUACCCUGACGGGUGACUCGGUGCUGCUACAUGCGAGCACGCACUGCAGAAACCUCUCCACCGUGAACCUAGCCUGGAGUGCAGCCACGCAGAAUGGGGUGACUGCGCUCGCCCGCUCCGUGUCCCGAUUGGAGAAGGUGAAUCUAAACGGAUGUCCGGUUACUGAUGAAGCCAUCAACAUUUUGCUGGAGCUGCACGGACAGUGUUUGACAGAGUUGGAGCUGUUUGGGUGCCAGGCCCUAACACCAUCGUGCUUGAUGCACUUGGGACAGAAGUGCCCCUCACUGCGGGUCCUCAAUUUGGGCCGAGUGCCCAAGGCUACGGACACCUGCCUGAUGCGACUGGCCACCAGCAUGCAGCUUUUGCAGACUUUAAACCUGACUGCACUUACUGCUGUCAGGGAUCAAAGUGUUCACAUUUUUUCUCAACACUGUCCAAAUCUACAACAUCUCAUCCUCACAUCAUGCCUCCAGAUAACGGAUAAAUCGCUGGUGGAGAUUGCAACUUACCUUCCUAAAAUAUGCUCUUUGGAUGUGAGUGGAUGCAGGCGCGUUUCUGAUGUCGGAGUGCAGGCUCUGGCCAUGAACUGCCGCCUCUUAAACACCCUGGACCUAAGCUCCACCUCCAUCUCCAAACGAGGUGUGUGCCUCCUAGGAUCCUACUGCCGUGAUUCUUUGCAGAGUGUCAAGCUCAGCUUCUGUCAGGACAUCACAGAAAAUGCAGUUCAUAAACUGGUGGAGAAUUGUCAUAGGCUAAAGCUACUCCAUUUGUAUGGGUGCCGUGCUGUCAAAGACCUCAAUGGCAUCCAGAGAGAAAGGCCCUCUCUCGAGAUCCACCACGAUUUACAGUCCAGAAAAUGAUUUAAGAGCACACUACAAUAAGAUUACUUCCAAACAUAUUUAAUUGAUAUGAAGUCUGUUGCAUAGGUUAGCAUGAUGUUCAGAUUACGCUCUGCUAAAGAGCCACAAAUAACUAUCACUAAAAUGGAAUAUAAUGACCAACCCCAUGUUCUACAUAUGACAACUUUACAAUGGAUAUCUUCACUAUUAUUAUAAUGACUUGGAAACAAUCGUUGUUCAGCAGUGUAUAAAAGACAGAGAUGUUAAUCACAUUUUCGCAAAGGACCAUUUAAACCUGGCAGAGCAGUCUGUUUUUAAGCAAUUAAGCCAAAUCAGGCGUAAGGACACGAAUUGGGCUUUUAAUCACUGUGGAUCUAAGUCUAAUUCAAACAUUGGACAUAUGUACUGAGUAUAUUUGUGAUCUGCCCACUAUGCCCAAUUCGCAUCUCCAAAGGUAAGCUAGGUAUUUGUUACAAUGCAUACAAUUAUUGGGAGGUAAAUUGUCACAUGGGCAGAAAUUGGCUGAGUUGUUUUUUUGUCAUAUCUGCUUGAGAUGCAGCAAAAUAUGUGAAUUGCACACAUGGCCAUCAUUAGCAUAUGCGCCCUUUAUUUGGCUUUUGAGAUGCAACGAUAAUUUGGUUGCAGUUCACGUCUUGUAAAUUUGGCUGACCUGCUGAUGGAUCCAGGGUCCCAGAUGACAAUUGAAAUAAUAAAUAAUAGAACCCAGGAGAGAGCAUACAGACACAGCACUGAGAGAACAGAGGGAGGCAGAACAAUCUGAAAUGGAGAAGCCAAGAUAUAAACGUGGAUACACCAACAAUAGCAGUAAUAGAGCACCAUUAGGAUUAUUAAGAAUAUUCAGUAAUUAGGCACAUUCGCUGCCCUAUGGGAUGUGUCAUGUCCCACUUAAUGGGCUGUUGACACUUGGGAAUGUGGGCAUCAUGGGGCCAAUGUUACCCAGCCUAUGGCCCCUGAUUGGAGCCACUUCGGCAAAUUCUCUCAGGCUGCUGUGAUUAUAAGAUGCAAAUAGGACCGAGCUCGGUAUGUAACAAUGCAUCAAUUAUCGAUUUAAAUGAGAUCCAAUAUUCAUGCUAGUGCAUCUAAUUUUGCUUGCACGACUUCAUUAUUUUCUAUUCAGUUAUGCUAUUCAUGAAAAAAAACUUUUUUUGUAAUGACCAUGAUUUGUGAUAAUUCAUGGAGUUCAAAGGGGGGCUAAUUGUUACACGGCUAUAUGGAGCAGACUCGGUGAAAAUCAGUUUUUUUUUAUUCACGACAUCGUCUGUGCCAUCAAUUGGCCUUAGAUUUAAAAAAAAUUCAAGUUUUCUGAGUUUCAUCUGUCACUUUUAGCUCAUUGGGAAAUAUGAUGAAACGUCGCAAAACUCUUUAAAGGGGUAUAUCUACAUGUGUACUGCAUCUGCAUCUUAAAACUGUUAAAUGAACCAAUUUUUGUAAAGAGCGUGUGCUUUAUCUAGAAACGAAACAUUGCCCGAGAUAUAAAUGUUGCUUGUGUGGUUAGUGUGACUUUAAUGUGUCAAUUGCUUGAUAUCGUAAUAUACUUUUACAUGAAUCAGGAAAGAUUUUACAUAUUCAUUGUCAGCUGUAGUGUUUUGCAUCUCUAUGUAAAAUAUUAAAUACUAAAUUAUGAUUGUAUACUUUGCAUUAACUUCUGAUUAUAUUACCCAGUGCUGCAAAAUAAAGGAAUGGAACAUUUAAAACAA